AUGCAUCGUCGUGGAGUUUUCCGUGCGGCAAAACUGCCAAGAGGUCAAGGCGCGAUCGGCACCAAGUGGGUGUUCAAGAUCAAGCGCAAAGCGGAUGGAUCGGUCGAGAAAUACAAGGCGCGUCUCGUUGCCAAUGGCUUCAAGCAGAAGUACGGCAUCGACUACACAGAGAUGUUCUCGCCCGUGGUCAAGUACGUGACACUGCGUAUGGUGAUCGCGAUCACCAAGUAUUUCGACUGUCCACUGGACCAACUCGAUGUGGUGACAGUCUUUCUCUACGGAGUGAUGAAGGAGAAGGUGUACUGCGUGAUACCAGAAGGCGUCGAGAUGGAUGGCGACUUCGACUGUCUCGAGUUGGUGAAGGCGAUCUACGGUCUCAAGCAAGCUUCACGUGUGGGGAACGAGACUUUCGACGAGUUCGUAUGCUCUAUCGGUUUCGAAGCGUCGGCGUUCGACCCAUGUCUCUACAUCAAGGUUUUCGACGGUCACUGUGUGCUCGUGCUGGUCUACGUGGAUGACGUGUUGGUCACCGGCAGCUCGCUCGAGUUGAUUGCGCAGACGAAGGCCGACCUCAAGACGCGUUUCGAGAUGACCGACAGUGGCAAGUGUACUUUUGUACUGGGCAUCGAACUGGUGGACGAAUCGGAUGGCAGCGUGGCGAUGUGCCAGCGACGGUAUGUCAACGACAUCCUCAAGCGCUUCGGCAUGGAUGAGUGCAAGGCCACAGCAAGUCCGGUCGACUUGAGCACUCGGCUUGUCGCAAGCAGCGAAGCGGCCAAGAUCGACGUUCCGAGCUGUGGGAGCUUUGAUGCACUUGACGACUGCGACGCGCCCGGACAUUACGUAUGCUGUGGGCGCAUCUUUCGUUACUUGCAAGGGACCAAGUCGCACGGACUCCGCUUCCAGCCAAGCGACAAGAUCGACUUUCGUGGCUACUCGGACGCGGACUGGGCCGGCGACCACGCUGAUCGCAAGUCGACUUCGGGUUACACUUUCAUGCUGAUGGGUGCUCCUGAAGGCAAGUGGGUGCAUCGAUUGCUAUGCGAGAUUUUGGCGGCCGUAAACGAACCAGGACCGGACCUCGUCAUCCGUGAAGACAACCAUUCGUGCUUUAAGAUGACGAAGAAUCAGGUGAAUCAUGGCCGCGCCAAGCACAUUGACAUCAAGUACCAUCACAUCCGUGAUGAGGUCAAGCGCGGUGAAGUGCAGCUCGAGUAUUGCGAGACUUCCGUGAUGAUGGCGGACAUCAUGACCAAGGGACUUUCGGGACCUCGCCACAAGUACUUGACGACGGCUCUCGGCAUUCGUGCGAGUUCGGAUUGA